AUGGGAGAUGUUCCAAUUUGUCGCUUGACUCCAAGUCCUCCUUUCACAUACGUGGGCGUCGAUACUUUCGGUCCUUGGUCUAUAGUUUCCAGACGUACAAGAGGUGGUUUGAACAAUAAUAAACACUGGGCAAUACUGUUCUCAUGUUUGAAUACUAGAUCAGUCCAUAUUGAGGUGAUAGAGAAGAUGAGUGCUUCAUCAUUUAUAAAUGCGUUAAGGAGAUUCAUUGCUAUUAGAGGUCCAGUGAAAGAGUUUUACUCAGACCGUGGAACAAACUUUAUAGGAGCUGUUGGAGAAAUGGGUAUGGACAAAGUGAAUGUAGAAGAUACAGAUAUUAAAGGUUUUCUAAGAAAUCACAGUGCUGUCUGGUAUUUCAGUGCACCUCAUUCAUCACAUAUGAAUGGAUCGUGGGAAAGAAUGAUCGGUUUGGCCAGAAGAAUUUUGGACUCCAUGUUGUGUGAUAUUAGUACUAAACAUUUUACUCAUAAAGUACUUUGUACGUUGAUGUCUGAAGUCAUGUGUAUUGUUAACAGUAGACCAAAUACCACUGUGUCAGAUGAUCAAGCUUCUCCAGCCGUUCUUUCUCCAAAUGUACUGUUGACGCAAAAGGUGAAUUCCGACAUUGAACCUCUUCAGAACUUUGAUGUAAAAGACAUAUAUAAAUCUCAGUGGCGGCAGGUACAAGUACUAGCUGAUCAGUUCUGGAAACGUUGGAGAUUUCAGUAUCUUCACAGUGUACAAGUUAGGAGAAAAUGGCAAACCGAACGUUCAAACAUAAAGUCUGGUGAUGUUGUAUUAAUGAUGGAUAGUAAUGUACCGCGUAUUCACUGGCCAGUUGGAAUUGUAGAAAAUGUGUUUCCUAGUUCUGACGGACUUGUACGUAAGGUUUCGAUACGUGUGAUAAAUGAAGGCAAAAUUGCGAAUUACACGCGUCCGAUCACCCAAUUGGUGCAUUUGCUUUCUGAAUGA